CGGCUCGGUGCGGGAGAGGGAGGGAGACAAGAUCUACAACACCUGCACAGUCUGGGGGCCACAGGGCAACAUGUUAGCAAAGCACAGAAAGAUUCACCUUUUUGACGUCAAUAUCCCUGGUGAACUAGUCUUGCAAGAGUCCAGCUUCUUCACUCCUGGCAACACCUUGACCACCUUUGAGCUCCCCCACUGUAAGAUUGGUCUCGGCAUCUGUUACGACAUGAGGUUUCCAGAAAUGGCCCGACUUUAUGCAAAGUUAGGGUGCAAAGUGGUGCUGUACCCCGGAGCUUGCAGCAAUGUCACCGGCCCGGCCCACUGGCAGCUGCUGCAACGAAGCCGUGCCAUCGACAACCAGGCGAGUGACGCUCCUUUUGGUGUUUAAAAGAGACGUCUUGUACACGGCUGUGCUCUGGUGGCAACUGCACGAGCCCCGCUGUGUUGCUGAUGAUUGCUGGAGGCGUUGCCUGUCCCAUGCCACAAGGCUGUUAGU